UAGGAAGUUCUUGCUUCUGCGCAUGUGCGGAGAAGCGACGGAGAAGUCCCGCAUACUUUGGUUAUUUACAGAACGAGGAAAUAUACUUACUUAUAGAGUUUGUAAGGGACAAGAUUGUUGAUUUCUCUGUCACUCACUCAGCCACAUACAGAUAAGGAAAUCUCGUUACAUCAGCGGCUGCGGUCCUAAAUCAACUUCAGACGGUUCGUGAAGAUGUUUCCCUGCUUCUGCACACCUGACUUCAGUUGAUGGAUGAUUUGCAGUCUUCUGAAUGAGGUUGUUUAAAGCAGGGAAGCAUCUCAAACAUGCAGAUCGACAGCUGGCCUCGCUGCAGUGAUGUCUGCUUUGUGGCCUAUGAUCUCUAAUGCUACAACUCCUAUAAGCUGCUUCAGUUCCAACCAGAGCACUGUUCUCUCAGGACUCGACUUUGGAGGAGUGCCAGUUGUCCUGCUGCUUAACUUCUGCGUUUUCAUUGUCCUGCUGCUGCUCUUCUCAAUUAUCAGAAAGAAGUUUUGGGACUACGGUCGUUUAGCUCUGGUGGCAGAUAAUCAAGGGUUUAAUGAAUCAAAACAUCGUCGUUAUGGACGAAUGUCGUCCACUACGUCCAACUCGGAGGACCCUGAUUAUGAGUUGGGAUUCUGCUCUUGGCUACCAUACAUCGUCAGAAUGGAUGAGGAAAAAAUUAAAGAGAAAUGUGGCAUGGAUGCCGUUCACUACCUCUCCUUCCAGCGACAUUUGAUAAUCCUGCUAGUGGUCAUCACUGUCACCUCCCUGGCAAUCAUUCUGCCUGUGAAUAUGUCUGGAAAUCUUUUCAGAAAUGAUCCCCAGAGUUUUGGAAGGACAACUAUUGGAAAUCUUUCCAUUCAAAACAACUUCUUAUGGCUUCAUACUGUGUUUGCGGUUGUCUACCUGUGCCUGACGGUAGUGAUGCUGCGAUUACACACGUCAAAAAUUAAAGACAUGCGCAGAGAAAGAGCCAGAAACACCCUGUUUGUGUGUUCGAUACCUAAAGGAGCAACAGAUGAGCAAGUAAAAACUCACUUCAUGGAGGCAUAUCCUUCUUGCCAGGUGUGUGCAGUGACAUUGGGUUACGACGUGGCCAAACUCAUGUACCUUGAUAAGGAAAGGGUUCGAGCUGGGAAAAACCUGCGGUAUUACGAGCGUAUCCUGGACAAAACGGGAGUGCGAGAGUUGAUCACCCCUCAUGUAUGUGGCCACUUCUGCUGCUGCUCCAGCUGUGAAAGGGUUGAUGCCAUAGAAUAUUACAGACAUAAAGAAAAGCUGCUGCUGGAGGAAAUGAGACGACGUGCAGAAGAAGUGCCACAGAACCCUCUGGGUGUCGCUUUUGUCACAUUGCAGAACGAGGCUAUGGCAAAGCACAUCCUAAAAGACUUCAAUGCCAUCAAGUGUGGAUGGCCAGACUGCUGCUGUGGGAGGGAGCCUCAGCCUUCGUCUGUCAGCAGAGAUCUGAAUGUGAACAAGUGGCGGGUCAGCUUUGCUCCACAUCCCAAAAGUGUUUACUGGGAGAACCUUUCAGUGCAUGGUUUCUGCUGGGUCAUCCGCUGGCUGGGAAUAAACCUCUUCCUGUUUAUCCUGCUCACCUUCCUGACGACUCCCACCAUCAUCAUUAACGUCAUAGAUAAGUUCAACGUGACCAAUCCAAUAUACAAUCUUAAUAGCCCCAUCAUCAGCCAGUUCUUCCCGACUCUUCUGCUUUGGUCUUUUUCUGCAUUGUUGCCUACAAUAGUGUACUACUCUACUCUGGGAGAGGCACACUGGAGCAUGUCCAGUGAGCAGUUGAGCAUGAUGCGGAAGUUGUACUUCUUCCUGCUCUUCAUGGUAUUAAUUCUUCCCUCGCUAGGACUCACCAGUCUUGCGUGGUUUUUCCGUUGGCUGUUUGAUAAAACGUUUCUAAAUGAUGGGAAAACAAGAUUUGAGUGCGUGUUUUUACCGGAUCAAGGUGCGUUUUUCGUGAACUACGUGAUCGCGGCCGGCCUGGUGGGCUCUGGGAUGGAGUUAUUGCGGUUGCCAGGGUUACUGCUUUACACCAUACGUUUGAUACUUGCUCGCUCUGCUGCAGAAAGAAAAUACGUCCAACAGCACCAAGCGUAUGAGUUUGAAUACGGAGCCAUGUACGGCUGGACUCUGUGUGUGUUUACGGUCAUUAUGGCUUACAGCAUUAUUUGCCCCGUCAUUGUGCCAUUUGGUCUCCUUUACAUGCUGCUCAAGCACCUAGUAGACAGACACAACUUGUUCUUUGCAUACCUUCCUACUCGCCUCGACCGCAGUGUCCACCUCGGAGCUGUUGAUCAAGCUUUGGCAGCACCAAUCAUCUGUCUCAUAUGGCUUUACUUCUUCUCUGUCCUGAGAGCAGGUUUCAAAACAGCUACAUCCGUGUUCACCUUAGUUGUCCUGUCUUUCACUGUCUUCAUCUGUUUGGGCUUCACCUGCUUCGGCCACUUUAAGUACCUCAGUCCUCAUAACUAUACGGUCAAAGAGGAGGACCAGAAUACAGUAGAGGGAGUGGAAGAAAAUACUAAGGUUUACCUGCCAAGAGUUCUUGAUACGCAAUCACCAGCCACCACCACAAAGGAACCUAGACCUCAACAGUCAUAUGGCUCCUUAGACAACACUCUAUCUGAGAGCUGUAGUCCAGUGGAGAGCGCCAUGGAACAUUCAUAACUCCAUGGGUUCUUUUGAGGUGCACCUUAGAAACAAAGAUGCCUGUAGUUACCAAAAGUGAUUCUACUUGGUUUUCAGAUCUGACUAUAAACUAUCCCAGGGAGUCCCACUAACACGUCCCCUGUUCAAACAUCAAUCCAACAUCCUUACUGCCUUCUGCGAUUAAAUCGCAUCUAAUGUUAGUUUUCAGAGGCUUGUUUAUAAGAAACAAAAUUCUCAGGAAAUUAUUUUUAUAUUUGACUUAUCGUUUGCACUCGAGCGGCACAGACAGAACACAUCCUGUUGGAGUACGCUUUCAAAAGGACCAAGUAAUAUUUGUAACAAACACUGCCAUUCAGAACAAGCCAAAAACUAAGGAACUCUGUGUUGGCUACUUGCACAUUUUAAACCUACAAAGUACAAAAGAGCUGGAUGAGCACAAGUAAAUAUUUUCACCCUACAAGGGAAAGAUUUUAUAUCGCACCUUCUGUAUCUUUUAUGUUUAUUGAAAUGACUAGUGUUUUUGCUUUAUUAAUGAGACAAAGAAACCAAGUCUUUUACAUUUAGAAAUAUGUCAGAGGAUCCGCAUCUGGAAGUUAACUUUCUGUUGUAAUUAUGCAUUACUUUUGUAUCCACAGCUAAACAGCCAUAUUUUACAUUUUAAAGAUCAAAUGAAUCUUUGACCUUUUUUUGUUGAAUGUAAUCAAUUUGUAUGUUAUUUUUUGAAGGAGUUCUUCAUACAGUUUUUGUCAAAAUGGUGAGGGAGUUCAGUGUUAAUAUAUUAUUAUUUCAUUCAUUUUAAACUCAAGGGAGAAUUUGAGUUAUAUAUGCUUAUCUUGUCACCGGGGGGCGCUGUUGAGCUGCAGUAAAGAUGCGGGUCCCCUGAAAUAUUCAUAAAGCUGUAACAAAAAGGUCAAAGCCACAAUGCUGCAUUGAGCAUUUCUAACUUAUUCUGACACUGGUCUGGACCAGUUUACUGAGCUACAACCCUGCCAGCUCCACCUCCUCACCUGAUCCUUUACUAUUGUUUCCUUUUCUUUUCCUUACCCUCUCUUUCUCCUGGCCUUUCCCCUUUCUCACCACAGUACCUGCCUCAGCAGGGAAACACCACUGUUGUUAAAUAAAGGGCUGUCUAGAAGGGGACCGCAGUGAUUAGCACAGUUGUUUGAGACGGGUGAUGAAGUGCUACACUAUCACGUUGAGGUUGGUCGCCGUGGUGAAAGGAAAGGUUUGGACGAGGCUCGCUGUAAUCUAAUGGAGCCUUGCAGUGGCUCUAGCAGAACAAAAGCCAGUUCAGAAGCAGUAAGAGUUGAAGAGGUUUUCAGUUGCUUCGAGAAAAACGACUUUGCUUAUUCACUCACUUUGCAGUGUUAAUGUCCACACAUUCUUUUACCGACCUUUCAGGCUACAGAAUGGUAAAACACAAGUCUUGAGGAAUACAUUUAUCGUUUUAUCAUUACAACGCACACUUAUAGUAUUUGGAUAAAAGCUUAAAAGAUUUUUAUGUCAAUUCUGUAAAAUCUGAAAGCACCCAUUUGUGUUUUUUUUUUUCUUUUUUGGAUGGGGUUGAUUAUGGCUCACCACCCAGGUUGUCAUAUAAUCUGAGGGCAACAUAAGAGUGCCAAAGGAAAUUGCCAACUGUACCCAUGUAAGUUGUCUCUUAUUGCUUACAUGUCCAGUAAAAUCCAGCAUCUGAUUUAUGGAUUUUGAUCCUGUGUUGAAUUACUCUUUUUGCACUAUUUAGAACCUCUUGUUCAAAAUCUAAAAAACAUAGAGCUGUAAAUCCUUCAGAUAAUUAUUUUUGAUCACAGUUUUAGGUUUAACAAACAGCUAAUCUGUUUGUGAAAAGACAAAAAGAAGUUGAUGCUUUUUGUUUUUACAUAAAAACCACUUUAGGCAAAAACGAAAACAAACUGCUCUAUAUACACAAUCCAAAUCUGGAGUCAAUUAUUUUAAGGUGAUUGUAAAGAAAGAUUUUAAAGAAAACAGUUUUUUUUUUCUUUUACUUUGUGAAAAAUAAGAAAAAAUAUUAAAUGAAGAAGGAAGAGCUGGUCAAGGAUGCCAUUCGUGCAAAAGUAACCUCUGCUCUGUCAUGAAGUUGAAGUUUACAUAUGUUUAAGCAAUAAAUACAGUUUUUACUGUUAUGUUUUUCAUUAAAGUACAAAAUAUGACUAUGCAA